CUUCCCUUGCUGAGGUGCCGGCCUCGCCUCUUGCAGCUGCCUGGAGCUACUUCACGUUGAGACAAGAGCCCUUGCUGUGGGAGCGCAAGGGCAGAACAGACUGCUCUGAGCCACGGGAGAGGGACAGGACGGAAGGGUCUGCCAGGAGAAGCCUCAUCCCCGCAGCGCUGCUGCUAGAGCUGGAGGAAACCUGCUGCCUCUCCUCUCUGUUUCUUUUGGUCUCCUGGAGAGGAGAGUGCCCACUUUCACCGCUGCCUCCUGCUCUGCCUGCUCCUGCUUUCAGCAUGGUAAAGAAGAAUACUAUCCCCGAUGGAUGGCGGAGCUUGACACCAGUUGGACAGCCUAUACCAGGAACUAGAUUUAUUGCAUUCAAAGUACCUUUAAAAGGGGCAAUUAACCAGAGGCUUACUCCAACCCAGAAAUUCACACCAAAAGACCUAAUUGCUGCAAUGAAAGCCCUAAAUGUGGAACUUGGAUUAAUUAUUGAUUUAACAUAUACCACACGAUACUAUGAAGUUAAGGAUUUACCUAAAAGCGUGCAGUAUAAGAAACUCUAUACUGUUGGACUUGAAGUCCCCGAUAAUGCUACUAUCCUGCAGUUCAAAAAAUGGGUCAGAAAAUUCCUAUGGGAAAAUGCAGGAAAUGAGAAACUCAUUGGCGUUCACUGUACUAAUGGAAUUAAUAGAACUGGCUACCUUAUAUGUAGGUAUCUUAUUGAUGUUGAAGGCUGGGAUCCAGAGGCAGCAAUCCAAGCUUUUGGCGAUGCUAGAGGUCAUCGCAUGGAUGGUCUUGUGUAUCUCACAGAUCUCAGAACACAGCCAAUGAGAAGUAACCUUGGAAUGGAUGUGUGGGAUUCAGAAGAAGAUGUUAUUCCCCCACCACAUGCAAUGGAAGGACCUGUAGAACGGUUCCCAAAUGAAGAUUUUCAGGGGCCUGGGAAAAGAUUAAGAAUUUAUGAUGACCACUCAAACAGUGAUUUGCAAGGACAGAUACAGUUGAGAGAUUUUGAUUUCAUUAAUAAGGGACCUGGACAGAGACGAAGACCGUUUCAUGACCAUCAGUCUCAGGAUGAUUUACGAGCACCAAUGCAGAUGAGAAAUUGGGACUACAAUAGGGGACCGGGACAGAGGCGAAGACCCUUUCCUGAUCACCAGUGUUAUGAUGAUUACCAAGAAGACAUGCAGCUGAAGGACCUAGAAUUCAGUAACAAGGGACCUGGACAGCGACUGAGACCUUUUCAUGGCCACCAGUUUCAUGAUAAUGUACAGGCAGAGAGACAGUCAAGGGACUUUGAAUUUAAUAGGGGCCGGGGACAAAGGCAGAGAUCUUUUCCUGACCAUCCAUCUCACAAUGAUUUGCAGGAAGAUGUACAAUCAAAGGAUUUUGAUUUUGUUUCCAGGGGCCGUGGCCAGAGGCGAAGGCCCUUCCAUGACCACCAGUCUCAGGAUGAAUUUCAGAACCAGAUGCAGUUAAAAGAGCUAAAUUUUGUCAACAAAGGUUCUGGCCAAAGACUGAGACCCUUCCGUGACUAUCAGUCACGUGAUGACUUACAGCCACAGAUGCAACUGGGAGAUUUUGAAUUUGUUAAUAGGGGCCGUGGGCAGAGGUUGAGACCUUUUCAUGAUCACCAGCCUCGCAAUGACUUACAAACAGAGAUGCAACUAAAGGAUUAUGAUGAUAAUAAGGGUCCUGGACCAAGACGCAGACCUUUUCACGACCAACAGUCUUACGAUGACUUACAGGAACAGACUCCGUUAAAAGAUUUUGAUUAUGCUAAUAAAGGGCAUGGACAAAGGAGGUCUUUUCAUAAUCAUCCAGCUCAUGAUGACUUGCCACAUGAAUGGUGUUCAGACAGAAGUCAAUCUUUUUCAUCCCAUGAAAAUGUACCAGACUCUCAUUUCUCCUCAUCCCCUUCACUUCACAGAGAUUAUGGGUCUGAUAAUGAUGACUUUAACAGAAGUUACAGUAAUCGACCAAAUUGUCUUGAAGACAGUAGGAGAAUGCAUCCUUCGGAUGACUUUAGUAGAGGAAAAAACAGGUUUGCACCAUAUUCUUCACGUACAAUGCAUCCAUCUUCAUCUGUUCACCAGGAAGAUAGUUCAACAGACUAUGAAAGAAAACCUUUUCAAGGUGAAACUACAAGAGAGAUGGUACAAGGCAAAAGGUUACCAGUUGUAACAGUUGAUUACAAUUACGGUUUGCCAUUAGAUUAUGGACCUGAAGAGGAAGAGAGGACACAUUAUGACUUACCUCCAAGAGACCACUACAACUGGAACUGAAUAAAAAGGACAGUGUUUGCUCAGCUUAGACUUAUAUUUACCCAUUUUACUUUCUAUGUGGACCAAUUUUUUUUUUUUUAACAAAUUAGAAAAGUGCGAAUUUCAAUAGCAGAGAAAUUGUCUCUAUUGUAAGAUUAGCUUCUACUGAUGUUUUGUUCUUAAAUUUAUUAGGAUGUAUUUGUUAAGUGUAGCUGGAGACAAGGUCUCAGUACCAAUGGAAUGAAAGUGGUCCUUCCUUUUAGUAAAAUUGGAAACCUAUACCUUAAAGCAAGCAACUUGCUGACAGAUAGUAGUUGUGUCUUUUGUUUUAAAUUUCUUUAAACUGUAUGUAAUUUCAAGUUGCAAAACUCAAAAUAAAACACUGCACCAUCAGGUGGCCUAGCACUGAGAUUAUAGAAAAAGUACUGUGAAAUGAAUGAAACGGUUAUGUCAGCUUGAUCCUUUAUCUUGGUAAUAGCGGUUUGACUUAAUGCCAGCAAAAAUGAGUGUCUUUGUCAUGAAACCUUUACUGCUCGAGAGAUGUCCUUAAAACAGACACUUUUAAUAAUAGAACUUAGCAUGAGAUGGAGUUUUCUGUUGUUCGGUGGAUUGAGUGCACGACUGAUAGGUAAGAUGAACUUGUUCCACCAUAGUUAAAUGGCUUGUAUAUAUUCUGUUUUCUCUUUUGAUUUUUCUCAAAAUCUGUAGGAUCUCUGCGACACUGCAGUUUAAUUCCAGUUUUUCUGUGCUAUCAACUGAAGAGGCCUAGGUUCACUCCUUUUCAUAGCAGGAUUUUUUUCCCCUAGAUUGCUAAGAACUUGGAACCAACUGGUUUUCAAAUACCUUAAAUACCCUACUGCUUUUCAGGAUCCUGAGUAUCCCAUCCUGACUGUUUCUUCCUGAUCCCAUAGAUUAUACAUUUUUUAGAAUAGUCUGGUGCAGAUUAAUUUCAUAAUCUUCUCAGCAACCCAUCACACUGAGGUAGGUCAUAUUAUCAGUUUAUCCAUCUCUGCUGGCCAAGAUUGCCUGUAGGGUAAGGGCAUACACCUCCCUGUUUGUCAGUCAGAUCUGUCUCCUCCUGUUGUCUUUUCUACUAGCUUCUGGCUACAGCACAGCAGAGUAAUUUAAUCAGAGUAGAAAAAUAACAUCCUCAGGUAAGUUACUUUUAGAUUCAUGUAUUGGAACAGCCUCCCCUGGACUACCACUUCACUGGAUCUCCAGAAAGAAGUGCAACAAACAGUGACUAAAUUCAUGCCAGCAGCUGCCUCCCACUGCAUAUAAACAAAUCUUAGUUCAUAGGACAGAAAACAGUAUUAAUACAAUACCCAGGUAAAUGUAAAUCAAAUGCUACAAUUUUAAUAAUUAAUUUUAUCUUUUAAAUAAAUUAAUACAUUUUUAAAAGCACAUCAUAGUGAAUAAGGAUAAAGCUAGACCAUGGCAUUAAAAUUAACAAUUAAAAUGAGUGUUUCGGGACUGGAUGUGCAAGGCAUUAUGCAGUUAAGAAACUGCUUGAAAAGCAGCACAGCUGGAAAGCAAAAAGCAAGCGGGUGUAAGUAUGCAUUAGCAACUGUAAUAGUAAGAGUUCAUAGCCAGAACACACAGACAUUUUUUGGCAUUUAAUUAGCAGCGUGAAAGCCGGAUUUCUGAAUUUGUGGCUCUGUGGCUACUAAAUAGCACUAGAGUUUCAAAAGUGUGGAACAUCUAGCAACUCCUGUUAAUUUGUAUCACAUGCAAAAAGUUCCAGGAAUCAAAGGAGUCUGCGAAUAUAAAUUCCAAGUGCAAAUGCUUCAUUGCCUUUGUAACUCAGAGAACCGCUUUGGCUUUGUUCAUUGUGCGAAGUCAAUAGUUCUCUCUCUUUCACUGCAGCUAGUCAAUUUUAUUUCCCACUAAGUCUGUAUGAGAAUGCUGCAGCCUCAUUCAUGUGGUCUUAGGAAUACAACUCUCUAAAUAUAAACCAGUUUUGGAACUGAGCGCUAAAUGUUAAGAAAGAGUAACAUUGCUUCCCUUGCUUGCUCUUUUUUAAAUGAUGAGGGACACACUAAGAAUCAUUUAUGUAUGCUUUAUUUGGUGGCAAGGAAGAUCUGCAACUUGGGCUCCUAUAUUGUUACGUUCUUCAAAACAAAACAAAAGAACUGGCUGAUAUUCUCCAGCAGAGAGCUAAGAAUUAGGGACUGACACACUACAAAUGUCUUUGUUUUGUUUUUAGACUAUGUAAACAGUAUUUAUAAAGUGAAUAAAGAGCAAAAAAUUGUGAAAGUUUAAA